AUGCUUCACAAUGGGAUAUUGAAACUAUCACUUAAAUCGACUUGGAGAAAUCAAGGCUGUAGAGUAUUAUUUAGGGCGGCAAGCAAGUCUGCCAAUUUUACCGGACUCAUUGAAAAUGAACUCAGGCAAGUAUCACCAGGAAUCCGAGAAUUGCUUUCCUCCAAAUUUGAAGAACUUUCAAAAUGCUCUAGAUAUUACACCAUAGCCCAGGGAAAGCAGAUGAGACCUUCCCUGGUACUGUUGGUGUCGAAAGCAACGAGUCUAUGCAGUGGAAUUGACCAGUCUAUUGUUGGGUCGAAUUUUUUGGAAGACGAUGCUCCGGAUCACGUCUCCACUGGACAGGUUUUACCUUCUCAGCUUCGAUUAGCUCAAAUCACGGAAAUGAUCCACACAGCCAGUUUGUUGCACGACGAUGUAAUUGAUCAUGCCAGUUCCCGUCGAGGACAUCCUUCCAGUAAUGUAGCUUUUGGAAAUCGAAAAUCUGUUUUGACAGGGAAUUUUAUUCUUGGGAGAGCAUCCACGGCAAUGGCUAGACUGCGAACCCCAAAAGUUACUGAGUUGUUCGCAACGGUCGUUGCAGACUUGGUACGUGGUGAAUUUCUUCAAUUGAAGAAUACGGCCGAUACAAAUAGCUUAGAACUACAACCCUUUCAUUUUGACUACUACAUUGAAAAAACAUACCUAAAAACAGCUAGUCUUAUUUCAAAAAGCUGCCAAUCUGCUGCCAUUCUGGGUCAAUGCUCUCCUACUGUCAUUGAGGCUGCUGCCGAUUAUGGUCGAUACGUCGGUACUGCGUUCCAGUUGAUGGAUGAUGUUUUAGACUACACGUCCCAAGACGAAACCUUGGGAAAAGCUGCAAAUGCAGAUUUAAAUUUGGGACUCGCAACCGCUCCUGUAUUAUUUGCUUGGAAGCAGUAUCCGGAACUGGGUGCAAUGGUAAUCAAUCGUUUUAAUUGUCCUUCGGACGUGAAAAAGGCACGAGAACUUGUCGAAAGUACGGAUGGCAUAGAGGCCACCGUAAAGUGGGCAAAUGAUUACAUACUAAAAGCUCACGAAGCCCUUCAGUGUAUACCGGAUUCACCUGCCCGACAGGCUUUACAUGCCGUCGCUGAAAAAGUCGUUGCUCGAAAUUAUUAA